AUGUGGGCGGGGUUUAGCAUUCCAGUACACGCCCAGGUGUGGCUUUUUCGGCACAUGUUUUCAGACACACGUGGUUGGUGCCGUGUCUCCUCUAAACAGGCGCACCUGGCUUGUGCGUGGGGUGGUGUUGCGUGUGGAAAGCGCGAUGCUAUAGCGGUGGGCGGUGGUUGUAUUGACAGGUAUACUGUAGCCCAGGAGGUGGAAGCAGGGUCGGUGCUUCUUAUCCUGUCUUUGUAUUCUGAAUUCAUACCCCCUUCGACCGGCCUGCAGAGGCGUGGCCCGGCAGAGCAGUUUUCAAUGGAAGUGCGGAGAAGCGAAGGAGGGUCAAGAACCAUCAGGAAGCAUUUGGAGGUGUAUGUGGGGAACAUCCCCACUGACAUCACAGAGAUUGAGAUUCUGCAGUUGUUUGCUAGAUUUGAAGCUCAGACUGUGCGAAAGUUUGUUGCAGGAAUCAAGUGCUUCGCGUUCGUGGAUGUGGGCUCGGAGAGGAACGUUCAGCUCGCUGUCUCUCAGCUCAACAGCACGCUGUACCUGGGGCGCAAACUGAGGGUCAACGCAGCGGACCCCGACUUCUCGGACAAGAGGAGCAGCGCCGACAAAGACACCCCCAAAACACAGAAUCUGUUGAAGAUGGAGAAAGCAGCUCACGCCAGCGACAGCAGCGCCGUGAGCCUUGCUCCAGAUCCCAGGAAGCCCAGUAAGGACCAGUCCGCCCUCCUCUCUGGGGUGACAGUGAGAGAAGACAGGAGGAGGUUUGUGUAUGCUGUGCCCACGGAAAUGAGGGGCAGCACCCUUGUCCACGUCCUCAGCGACUGUUUCGGGGAGCUGGGUUGGCUGCAGAGCAUCACAGAGCUGUGUGGGGAGGUGGGGCUCCUGCUGACUGAGACACACCCACAGACCCCCUUCUUCUGGGCCAUCCAUCUCAGCGAGGGCGCUCACGCAGACAUGCUGAGCCUCUUCACCGCCCUGGCGGAGGAAGAGGAGUCGACGCGGCAGCCCUUCCUCACCAAGAGCAACGUCUACCGGGGCAGGAGGUGCCUGGCAGAGCUGAUCCAGACUGAGGAAAAGGAGGGGGCCUGGAACAGAUAUUCUGAGCCCCAGGAAGCUGAUCAGGGCUGUGAUCAAAGGGAAAGUGACGGGAUCCUGCACUUCAGAGGGAGCCUCGCUGCAGACACAGAGGAGAGGCUUGUGGAGCAUUUGCUGAACCCCUUGCGUUACAACAAGCUCAUCCGGCCAGCGAGCAACGGCUCGGAGCUGGUCAGCGUGCAGCUGAUGGUGUCGCUGGCGCAGCUGAUCAGCGUGCACGAGAGAGAGCAGAUUAUGACAACGAAUGUCUGGCUGACACAGGAGUGGCAGGACUACAGACUCACCUGGAUCCCGGAGGAGUUCGACGGGAUGGUGAAAGUGAGGCUGCCCUCCAAGCACAUCUGGCUCCCUGACGUCGUUCUUUACAACAACGCGGACGGCAUGUACGAGGUCUCGUUCUACUCCAACGCCGUUGUCUCGUACGACGGCAGCAUUUUCUGGCUCCCUCCGGCCAUCUACAAGAGUGCCUGCAAGAUCGAGGUGAAGCACUUCCCCUUCGACCAGCAGAACUGCACCCUGCGUUUCCGGUCCUGGACCUAUGACCGCACGGAGAUCGACCUGGUCCUGAAGGCGGACGUGGCCAGCAUGGACGACUUCACCCCGAGCGGAGAGUGGGACAUCGUGGCCCUGCCGGGCCGGAGGAACGAGAACCCUCACGACUCCACCUACGUGGACAUCACCUACGACUUUGUGAUCCGCAGGAAGCCGCUCUUCUACACCAUCAACCUCAUCAUCCCGUGCGUGCUCAUCACCUCGCUGGCCAUCCUGGUCUUCUACCUGCCGUCCGACUGCGGCGAGAAGAUGACCCUCUGCAUCUCCGUCCUGCUGGCCCUCACCGUCUUCCUCCUCCUCAUCUCCAAAAUCGUGCCCCCCACCUCGCUGGACGUCCCGCUGGUGGGCAAGUACCUCAUGUUCACCAUGGUGCUGGUGACUUUCUCCAUUGUGACCAGCGUCUGCGUGCUCAACGUCCACCACCGCUCCCCCACCACUCACACCAUGCCCCCCUGGGUCAAGGUGGUCUUCCUGGAGAAGCUGCCCGCCCUGCUCUUCAUGCAACAGCCCAGGAACAACUGCGCCCGGCAGAGGCUGAGACACAGCAGGCUGGCCCGGGACAGAGCCCGAUCCGCGGGGACGCUGUUCCGGGAGAGGGCGGGGUCCUGUACCUGCUUCGUCAACCAGGCCACAGUGAAUCAGUUCGGGGCGUUUGGGGAGGGGGAGGGGGUGAACGGUCUCAGAGAGCCGGGCAGGGCUGAGCCCCAGGCGGGGGGGCAGUGCUGUCACGGGUUCGAGGAGGCAGUGGACGGGGUGCGAUUCAUCGCCAACCACAUGAAGAGUGAGGACGAUGACCAGAGCGUGAGCGAGGACUGGAAGUACGUUGCCAUGGUGAUCGAUCGCCUCUUCCUCUGGAUCUUCAUCUUCGUCUGCGUGUUUGGGACGGUGGGCAUGUUCCUGCAGCCGCUCUUCCUGAACUACACAGCCCAGACGCUGUCCCACGCAGCGCAGUGAGAAACGGAGAGAGACGCCCUGACCUCCGGCAAGCAGGACUGCUCGGCCUUGCAGGGGGGAACGUGCGCUGCAGCGCCACCCACAGCUUCCAGCCUGCUGGUGCAGUAAAAUACAAACAGACCUUCUGUGUGUGUGUGUGUUUCACCCCCCAAUUUAAAUCCUGUUCCACACCCCUCUGCUCCAGAGGUCAAGGGGUUAAAAAAAAAAAAAAAAAAAAAAAAAAA